AAUUGUCCAAAACCCUAAACUAAGAAAGAUAUACAGACCCUUUCUAUAUAUUUAUAUAGAGACAACAUAUAAUUAAGAAUGAUAGAGUGGGGAGAUGUUUACAAGGUGGUGGUAGCCAUGACACCACUCUAUGUAGCUCUAUUUUUAGGUUAUGGUUCAGUGAAAUGGUGGCAUUUAUUCACACCAGAACAGUGCGACGCGAUAAAUCGCUUAGCUUGCUAUUUCACCCUCCCUCUCUUCACCUUUGAUUUCACAUCUCAUGUUGAUCCCUUUGCAAUGAAUUAUCCAUUCAUUGGUGCAGAUGUCAUCUCCAAAUGCAUUAUUGUGUUAGUGAUUGCCUUUUGGGCUAAGUGUAGUAGCAAGGGAAGCUAUGUCUGGUCUAUAACAAGCUGUUCACUCUCUACUCUAAGUAAUACUUUGAUUUUAGGUGUGCCCCUCUUGCAGGCCAUGUAUGGUCAGAUGGGUGAAGACCUCGUUCUCCAAUCAUCGGUCUUGCAGUCUAUCGUGUGGCUGACGAUACUAUUGUUUGUGUUGGAGUUCAGAAGGACCGGGGCGGACUUUGCUUCAAAUACAACUACCAGGGAUUCGAUUGAUCUCUCUGGCGAACCGGGGAAAGAUUUGGAAGGUGAUGAGCACAUUGUGGUGAGCAGUACUCGACCUUCUUUCUGGCAUCUGAUGAAGGUGGUUUGGAAGAAGCUGGUUAAGAACCCUAAUUUAUAUGCUUGUGUUCUUGGUCUUGCUUGGGCUUUCCCAUCCAGAAGGUGGCAUUUAAAGAUGCCAAACAUCAUUGAAGGGUCGAUAUUGAUCAUGUCAAAAGCUGGAACAGGCACUGCCAUGUUUAGUCUUGGACUAUUCAUGGCAUUGCAAAAGAAAGUGAUUGCUUGUGGUGCUAGUCUAACUGUGUUUGGAAUGGUUUUGAGGUUUGUUGCUGGACCUCUGGCAAUGGCAAUAGGUGCUAUCAUCGUAGGUUUGCGAGGAGAUGUCUUAAAGGUUGCGAUCAUUCAGGCAGCAUUGCCGCAAUCCGUCUCCUCCUUCAUAUUCGCUAAAGAAUAUGGAUUGCAUGCAGAAGUCAUUAGCACUGCCGUAAUCUUUGGCACAAUGGUAUCACUUCCGGUUUUAAUCGCUUAUUUUGCAGUUCUAGAACUUUUACCUUGAUUCUUCCUUUAUUAAACUCUCCAGAUAGGGAUACAGAGAGUUUUGUUAUACCUAUUUUCUUGUAUCCAAGAUUUAGUCAACUGUAUUGUUUUACCCUAAGCUAGAGGGAGUACUUCAAGAC